GAGAUGGUUGUUAGCUACAUCAAAUCGGGUAUAUUACAUAUACCAUAUUUUCCCUCACUAUGCGAGCAUUGGUUAUUUCCUAUCUGGCAACACUGCCCCGGACAUUGCGGAACAGUGACGUUAAAACCCGGAAGUUCCAACACCGUCAACAACCAGAAGCUGCGCUGCGUGCGCUGAGUGUUUAUCAAAAUUAAUUGCAAAAGUAUAAAAGCCCAAUUUUUCUUUAGCGUAUUUUACAAUAUAGUUUUUAACUUUGGCGUCGCUACUUUACAUAUUCUGGUUAUGUUAAAGGUAUGUUUUUUGUUUCGGCUGUUGCUAAUUAGGCAGCUAAUGUGGCUAAAAGCUAAUGUUUUCAAUCUUGACAUUACAUCGACGGUGUGUGUUCUGCCUUGUCGCGUGCCACAUCACGAAUGAUUGUCAUUUUCAUAUAUAUGUGCUUACCAAUGAAGCAGUGUAUGAAUUCCAAUAGCGUGUAAACGGCAGUCUUAAAUUGUUUGGCACUGCUGGGCCGCCUGGUUUUUGCCUUGACACGACUAGUAAAUGGUGGCGAGCUUCACCAGCUCCCCUCGAACCGGAUUCAAUGCGCGGGAUGAUGGGGAGCCAGAGUAGUCCAGUCAAGAGUUACGACUAUCUUCUGAAAUUUCUGCUGGUGGGAGACAGCGACGUUGGCAAAGGGGAGAUCUUGGACAGUUUGCAAGACGGGUCCGUGGAGUCUCCCUAUGCUUACAGCAGUGGAAUUGAUUACAAGACAACCACAAUACUGCUGGAUGGAAGACGAGUAAAACUAGAGUUGUGGGACACAUCUGGGCAGGGGAGAUUCUGCACCAUCUUUAGGUCUUACUCCCGAGGGGCACAGGGCAUUCUGCUUGUUUAUGACAUCACCAAUGGCUGGUCAUUUGAUGGCAUUGACCGUUGGAUCCGAGAAAUUGAUGAGCAUGCCCCGGGUGUGCCCAGGAUCUUGGUUGGCAACAGACUUCACUUGGCUUUCAAGCGGCAGGUUCCAACAGAGCAAGCGAGAGCUUAUGCGGAGAAAAACAACAUGACCUUCUUUGAAGUCAGCCCUCUGUGCAACUUCAAUGUCAUCGAAUCGUUCACGGAACUCUCACGCAUCGUGCUCAUGAGGCACGGGAUGGAAAAAUUCUGGAGGCCCAACAGAGUUUUCAGCCUCCAAGACCUGUGCUGUCGUUCGAUUGUCUCCUGCACGCCAGUGCACCUCAUCGACAAACUGCCUCUCCCCGUGGCCAUCAAAUCCCACCUCAAGUCCUUCUCCAUGGCCAACGGCAUGAAUGCGGUCAUGAUGCACGGACGCUCCUACUCUGUGGCGAACAGUGCGGCGUCCGGCAGCAGUAGUGCCGCAAGCAAGGUCGGAAGUCUCAAACGCUCCAAGUCCUUCAGGCCCCCACAGAGUCCACCUAAAAACUCUUCAUCCUCCUCCUCCAAGGGGAACUGUAAAAUAGCAUAGUGAAAGGGCUGGACUGGUGCCUGUGUUUACGGUGUUCCACAGGUGGUGGAAACCAGCUACCUACAAGUAAACCAAAUGAGAUGGCAUGGUUUCUGUUAGCUUUGCACUUGUGCUGCCAUCUUGUGGAGGUCAUAGGAGAACCUCCCAAUGAUCAAGAGGAGCCAGAUGAUGGACUAACAGAUGAGUAGCGGAUUAUCCCUCACCAUCUAACACUACAGCUGACGGGAGCCACUUCUACUCCAUUUAUUUGGUAAAGUGAUUUGGUUUUUCUAUUUAAAUUUUGAAUAUGGUGUCUACUGUUUGAGUCUGUUUUCUGGUGAUUAUUCUUGUAAGGAACUUCUUCUACUUGUUUUCUCUUGGGUAUGAUUUACGAAGUGUCUUACAAAUUUCACUCCAGUUUCUUUGCCAGCUAGCGAUGGGCGGCUGAAGUCUCAUAAAGCUUUGAGGCUUUCCUUCAAAUUGUGCAGAUUGGGACCAUUGGUGCGUCAGUGAAAGCAACAUUUGGAGCGACGUCAAGGCAAAACAUUUAUACGUACACGCCACAUCGAGUGGGUUUGCCCACUGCUGCAAUAUGUCAACGUCGCCGCCAUAUUGGAUGUGUCAAGGCUGCGCUGUAAAUGAAUACAAGCAAAUGUACUUACUUUCAUAAAGCGCCUUUCUACAAAUACAUUUAAAAGUUAAUUCUUCUCGUUUAUACAUUCACACACACACUGAUAUACUGUACUUGUGAAACAGUUGUGCACCAAAAACAAUGUAUUUCAUCUUCUCAGAUGGCUAAGAUAAGAAACUGUUUCCCAAAUAUAUUAGUGUGUGUGAAUGUAUAAACGAGAGGCAUUAACUUCAAUGUAGAAAAAUACAUUUACUUGUAUUCAUUCACAGCGCAGCCCUGACACAUCCAAUAUGGCGGCAACAUUCAUGUACGGCGCAGCGUUUGAUGCUUCUGUGACUGAACAGAGUCAAGCAGUGGUCGCCAUGACAAACGCACAAAAACACUGGCCAGUGCUCUCCUUACAAGCCCACGUUGUUCAGCAGCUUGGUGGUUAUUACAAAUUCAAGGCAGCGCCAAAACAACCUGUCAAACCAAUGACAGCCACCAAUCCGUUUGGAGCUGCCGGUACGCGCUGUGACGUAUGUUGCUUCCAACGUAAUCGGUCGUGUGGUAUUUGCAGAAUGAUACGAGCUCUGAUGCGCUGUUUUGAAGCAAUCGGGAAGUCUGACGCCAGCUUUGAGGUUUCAGGUUGAUUUGACCAUCUCUACUGCAAGCGCUGUUGUCUUCAGACUUGAAGAUUGAAAUUUCAUUCAGUUUUAAGUACAAGGUCAUCCACACUACUGCCUCUUUCGUUCACCAUUGGACAUUUUGAGCCUAUCAAAUAUUUACCAUAAACAAUUAAAUGGAGUGCUUGGUGCUGAUGAGAAAACUACCUGUACAGAUUUUUUUUUAAAUCUUGAUCGUUUUGCAAUCUCUGUUAUCAUGAAUUUGUGUAACAUAUUGAUGUUUGUUUGUUUGCAUUUUGAAUAUUUUAUAAAUGCUAUGUAUUUAUGAAUGUAAAACUAUAGUCACCUGCUACCUUUCUGUGGCCAUAUAGAAUCACAAGGAAUGUUGUGUUGCUGCCUCUCUUGAAUAUUUGUGUGUUGUUUUUUUUUUUUUUAAACCUGCUUACUUUGCAA